CAAUGACUCCUCACACCCACUGAGACGCUGAACGCGCUUUGUUAUGCGCGCCGUAACAAAGUUGGGAAUCGCUGGAUGAAAUGACACGUGUGAGCGAUAUUAUGGAAACACAACCCAGAUUACUAUCCUCGAAGCUUUUUCGGAAGCACAGACAGGUAGAAGUUGUUCUGAAUCGCAGUGUUUUGGCGUGGAAGGAAAUUGAAAAGAGCGGAAAACGAAGCUCGGGCAUCAGCCUCAUUUCUGAGACAGCCCACAGCCAUGCAGUCCAGGUUUGUGAAAUAGUGGCUGUCCGCAAGACCAAAGAUGAUGACAAAGGCAACACAGAGACCAAGAGGAGUCAGAAAAAAGCAAAGCAGGACUCCCAGAUGUAUCCCCAUGCAUUCACAGUUUCCUAUGUUAGAAGGACAAAACGGCACCAGUGGCGGUGUAGUGAUGUCACCUUCCACUGCGCCAAUCAGGGACUCUGCGACCAGUGGAUCCAAGUUAUCAAUGAGCAACUAUUAUUGCUCACCAACCGACCGAAGAGCCUUCUGGUGUACAUCAAUCCCUACGGGGGAAAGCGGUGCGGGAAGCGUAUUUACGAGCAGAAGGUGGCUCCACUGUUUCGCCGCGCCUGCAUCUCAGCCGACGUGAUUGUUACAGAGCGGGCCAAUCAUGCCAGGGACCACUUGAAAACUGAGGCCAAUCUAGAUAAAUAUGACGGGGUGGUGUGUGUGGGUGGAGAUGGGAUGUUCAGCGAGAUCCUGCACGGGUUGGUCACCAGGACGCAAACGGACAACGGCCUGGACCAGAACCAACCAGAUGCUGAGUUGGUACCGUGUUCUCUACACAUAGGGAUCAUUCCUGCAGGGUCCACUGAUUGUAUCUGCUUCGCCACAGUGGGAACCAAUGAUCCAAUUACUUCUGCUUUACACAUAAUUGUGGGUGAUUCCCAGCCGAUGGACGUGUGUUCAGUUUACCACAACGACAUCUUUCUCAGAUACUCUGUCUCCUUGCUUGGCUAUGGUUUCUAUGGUGAUGUAUUGACUGACAGCGAGAGGAAAAGAUGGCUGGGUCCUGCUAGAUAUGACCUGUCAGGGGUAAAAACGUUUCUGAGUCACAACUACUAUGAAGGCACCGUCUCUUUCCUCCCUGCUGAAAACAACAUGGGCACCCCCAGGGACAAGCUGCAGUGUCGAUCCGGGUGCUGCGUCUGUCAACACAAGCCCUCAUCAAAGGACAAGCAGUGGGAGGUGUCAGAGGAGAAGGAAAAGUCUGAUGAAGAUGGCAGCGGUGUUUGGAGUGCAAUCCGUGGAAAGUUUAUUGCCAUCAAUGCGGCCAGUAUGAGCUGCGCAUGCCCCCGCAGUCCAAAAGGCCUGUCGCCCUCUGCUCACCUCGCUGACGGCACCACAGACCUCAUCCUUGUCAGGAAGUGUUCCCGUCUGGACUUCCUUAAACACCUUCUUCGACACACCAACAAAGAAGACCAGUUUGACCACUCAUUUGUGGAGGUCCACCGGGUAAGGAAGUUUCGUUUCCAGCCGCAGCACCGUGAGCUGCUUUCACUAGAAGACCUGAACAACAGUCAAAAGAAGACAGGCUUCAGUCCCAUAUGCUCCGCCCAAACAACCUGCAACUACAGCACCGCCCACAGCAGCUGGAACUGCGACGGGGAGAUUCUGCCUCACGCUGCCAUCCAAGUCAGUGUCCAGUGCCAGCUGAUCAGGCUGUUUGCCCGCGGUAUCGAGGAGUAGCCACAGCAGUGUGUGUUUGAAGACCCUUGUACACUGUGGGACCUGGAGCCAAGCACACACUAGUCAGCGGACUGAGCUGGACCGGACAUCUAGCUGCUGGACAACAAAAACUGAGUUGCACUUGGCGAGACUUUUUGGAGAAAAAUACAUGCAUGCAUCACAUCACUUUAAAUGCCAAAUGCUGGUGUCCCAUCUCUCCUUCAGUGUAUUUGCUUCAAUAAAACUAGCAGAAAGACCUAUAUCAACAGGAAGUGAUGGACUGAAACUUGGGCUGUGGUUGACAAAAAAACUCCAAAAAGAAGGCCAAAAGCCACCCAUCACCAGCCAUUAAGAGAAAAAAACUGCAGAGAAGUUACAUUGCAUUAUUUGUUGUUACUGUGAAAUUCAGUUAUCACCUUGCUGCCAUUGGGGGCUGGUAUUUUAUGUAAAAUACUUCAUGCAGCUUCAACUAACCUACAAUAUGAUAUGCUACAGCUGCUAGUGCUGCCAUUUUCAAAGCCUUUUUUAUCUGUACUUUUUGGAAAAUGAAGAUGUCGAAGCUCACACAGCCAGAUGAAACAGAGCUGAACUGGACUGAGAUGGACUGAAGGUUUUCAUACUGCCGUGAAGGACAGCACUAAUAGGAUUUCUCCCUAUAUAGCAAAGAGAGACCGCCAAGGAGAUACUGCUUUGUAAGAAGGAUGAAGGGAAGAAAUGCCUCUCAAGUACAGUGAUAAACUGAAAAGACGUAGAAUGCCACGGCUACAUCAGGGGAAAAAGUACAUGCAAUCUGAUCUUCCUUUUUUUGGGGGGGAGGGAAACAAAUCUUAAUCUUUGACACAGGUGAAAGCAGAUAUGAUCCAGGGGCACUAAUGAAAAGAACUGAAUACCCUGCUAAUACACUAACAGGACCCCGGUGGCUUCUGGGUAAUAAGGCAAAGUGGUUGCUAAGUGAUUUGGUGUAUCUCAGCACUGCUGCUCCGCACCUGUGGCUCUGAGCUCUGCUUCUCUCUUGCUAAAAACUACCAACAGUUCAAUCAUCACCUGGGAUUAGCCGGAAUUAUACAUUGUUAAUUUAAUUAGAGAUAAUCUAUUUCACGGCUCUGAAAUUGGCCUGAUUAGCUCCUUUUAGUCUUAGGUCAAGGUGGACCCUCCGAGAAGAAACACAGCACCUUCUAUUUCUGCUACUAGCCUUUUCUGCUAUUCGAUAAAACUCUAUUAAACUGCAUACAUAAUAAUAAAACGUUAGGGUAAAUUGUCUGGGUGUGUAUAGGGUUAAGUGUGUUUUCCAAAAGCCCUUUAGGGAUGUGCAAUCAUUGGAGUGUGUGUGUUAAUGUGUUUGUCAAGGUGCCAAUGUGAUGAGCUGGCUCUUUCACAAUUAGCCUCAUGACUGCCAUUUUGCAGAUGCUCUCUCACUGCAGCCAACACACUGCUAGCACAAGCACCUACAUUUUCGAUCUUUCUGUAACGCUAUUUCUGAUAUACAAUGCCUUUUUGUCUCACUCAUCCUCCCACACACACACACACACACACACACACACACACACACACACACACACACUCCUUAACUUUCAACACCAUAAAAGCCUGCUCCCCGCUUUGAAUCCUCUCCAACUCUGGUAAUACGGACUCUGAAUGUCUAUAAUGUUUAACCUUCACUGCUCUCUUUUGUCGACUUAGUCGGAUGCUUUUAAAUCCUUUUAAAUACACAUGGGCGUGCGUGCGCGCGCGCACACACACACACACACACACACACACACACACACACACACACGGAAAAGUAGAUGCAGACACAGAAACUGUUGAAGUGAGGAUUGUUCAGAUAUCAACUGAAAUUUGAAUUCCCCUCACACUUGUCUAAGGAAAUACAAAAUAUAAUGAUUUUGCUGCUACUGGAAGAUGGCAAGUUAGGAAAACUAGCUUCCACUUGAAAAGCUAAAGCUAGUUGGUUUAUGCUAUUUCAAUAAUUACAGCCCCCUCACACUCAGUAUUCACCAAUGUUGGUUCACUAAAAUUGUUUAAUUUAAGUUCAUCUUUAAGUUUUUAUUCGAUCUUGUUAAGUGCUCUCCAUGUUUGAGUAAACUCAUAAAUUUGCUGUGAUGUGGAUAGAUGCGUGAUUUAUUUUAUGAAAAUGCUCAAUAAAGUGCUUUUGAAUUGUG